ACGAGUAUUAAAUUUACGCAGUUAUUUUCUUGAGUAAUUUUCAAAUUAAGAAUAAUGGAUUGCAAUUAAUAUAAUAUUUAACGAUUAUUCAAUCAAUUCCCGUUAUUUAAUUGUUAAAUCUUAUGUUGACAGAAUGAAAUUAGCUAACAGACUUGAAAUAGCCGAGCAUACUUCACAUCUAUCGCCAAUUUUAGUCAGGAUUUUACAGUCAAUUUGGUUAGAUCCAUCUUGUGUUGACAGAAUGAAGUUAGUUAAUAAGACAGUCAAGGUUGAUCUGCAACUUCACAGAAUCACCGGUUUCGCUAAAACCGUUAUUUUAGUUAUCCCCAUCUUGUGACAUCGAAGUGAAGUUAGUUUUAAAAAUGACAGAAAGCGUUCGAUCGAGUCGAAAAAGUUCGAAAAAUAUCAGUCGUAGCACGGUAGAUGUCGCUGGGAGUUCUAAAAUUUCUUUAGAUUUUCCUCACGAAGAAACCGAUUUCUCGGCUAUUUACUCAAUUCGAGAUGAGCUCAUCAAUUCCGUUUUGGACGAAUGCAUGAAAAGGGAGUUUGAGAAGUUAUCAAUAAAGUACAUAGUUAAUUGUGCUUACGAAGCUAUUAAAAGGAUAAUCGAGUUGGAGUUUAAUAUGCACGACUUUGGGAAGGAAGAUUUUCAAAAUGACCCCGUUUGGAAGCCGGAUCAGCCUCCGAUUUGUUCUCCCCCGGAUACUUGGGCUGCAUCGAAUGUCCCCGUUGUGACAACGGAGGUGGAAGAACCAUCUCUUGAAAAAUUACCAACUAUGGACACCACACAGCCGAGGGUUUAUAGCGAAUCGUUUGUUUCAACGAAGGAUCAAACAACGGACCAAACUGAUUAUUCAGCCCCGUUGUCUCUAACGAGUGUUGUUGAGCAAUAUUUGGUUUGUCCGAAUACGAGCGAAGUUGAGAUUGAGGAGUAUACGGAAGAUGAUGAGGAAUUUCAUAUUAAAAAGGAAAAAAGCCUUUUUACUACAUUAAUGACUUGCUCAACUGAAAGUAACCAUUUCAUGCAAUAUUCGAGCAGUGCAAAAUGGAAGGAUCAAGCCUCGCAGAAACCUCAAAAAUCGAUAAAAUCGAUGAAAUCGAUUCGAUCCGUCACCGGAUCCGUUUCCGAUAAGAAAGCUUCGAGACUGCAAAAUGCCGAUUCUAAGAUUAGCAUUAACAGUUUGCCGCCUUUGAGGGCCGAGGCUCAAUUAAAAAUAGUGGGAUCGUUUACGAAGGAGGAAGUGAAAAAGGACCCGAAAAAGAAAGGGGAUGAGUAAAAUUUUUUUUCUAAUUACUUAUUUUUUUAAUCCAAGAAUAACAUCUCGCUGCAUUUUCUCGAUGAGAUAUUGGGGUAAACAAAACUUCAAGUUGUUAUUUAUAAAUUAUAAAUCGACCGGUUUUACGUAAAACGAACACAUCUGGUCGGAAUUAAAAUCUAUUUUAGGAGCUCCAUUCACGAACGAAAUUAUCCUAUUAUUUAUUAUCAAAAUCUAUUCAUUUCAAAUGAGUGUCGAUAGUUGUUACCAAGCGAUUUUAUCGGAAAUUAAUAAUUGCCGAAAAAAAGUUUAAGAAGAAAGUGUCGCUUCGCUCAUCGAGUGUAAGCGAAAAUGUUUUCCGGUUAGCAACAGCACUAUUCAGCGGCUAUGAAGAGAAAGAAACGUUACCGCGACGCUGUACUGGGGCAAAGCUAGAAACACCAACAGUUUUAACACCGAGAGUUUCACCGGGGAAUCGUAGAUACAAGAAAUGUUGGAGGCAAACGUUGCGUGUGGAAGUUUCCGUUGACCUAAGAGAGUUUUCUCCUCCUCUAAAAAAGGAAUAAUUUCUUUAAUAAUAAUUAUUAUUAAACGUCACUUUUAUUAGAGCCGAUAAAGAAGAGUUCUGUAAUUAUUAAAAUUGUCACUUUAUUUGAUUGACAGUUCUGAAUGUUGAAAGAAAAAAUAAAAAUAAUUAAAAAGAAAAGUGAUGAUACCAGAUGGGCCAUAUGUUGGAUAAACAUUGCGUCAGAAUCGUUUGGAAGAAAACGUGUGAACUGGCUCGGAUGUGCAAUAAAAAGUAUUACUAUAGUUGAAAAAGUACGGGUUGUGACGAAAGACGGCAGUCUUGGAAAAAGCGGGCUUCAUGCCAAGAAUGAGAUGUGAGAUCCCGAAAACGAACGGAUUCGGGGUGUAUUCCAGGAAGUUUAAUUAAAACGCGCUACAGAAAUAGCGCUAAAAAAGUUUCCACUAAAAAAAAAUAAUCUUGUUAAACAAAGAGAAAUAUUAAAGAUACCCAAUUUUUUAAUGUGUUAUCUAAUCUGAUUGAGACGACUUAUUUUGAGUGCUAGACUGAUUGUCGACUCUUAUGUAAUAUUGAAGUUCAAAGAUUUUCAAAAAAUUCAAUUCAUUAAUCGUUAAAAUUAUUCAAAAACAAUUUUAUUUGGACUCGUGGCAUCAGAUAGGUCUUAAAAAAGUUGCAUUAAAUAUAGGGCCUCGUGGUUUUUUGUUGGGUUAACAGCUCGUGUCUGGCCCGAUCUGUAUGAUUAUGUAUUUUGUAUUUACUUUCUCUAAAUAAUCCAACAACAUAAUGAGAUGGAGCCAAUUUUAUUUUUGAGAAAAAUUUAUUUGUGGAAACUAAAAUAUUUUCCAUUUAACUUUAUUUAAGUAUAUCUUCUUCUAAGUAUAUCUCAAAUUUUGUAUUAAUACAUCAAAUUUAACUUAAAAAAAAUCGAAAAAUAUUAAUUUUGUAAUUAAUUUUUAGAUUUUAUAGGUUAGGUUGGGGAUGAAAUUUAAAGCUAAAAAAAUAAAUUUAUUUAAGGUUGGUAUUUUAUAGACCAACUUCGCGGUGUUAAAACUAAAGAAAUGACAUUUAGUGUCAAAAACUAAAAU